AUGCGGACCUCCAAAUCCCUCCUGUCAUGGCGUUGGUACGCUGCCAUCGCCGCCGUAUUGCCAGGCUGGGUAGCCAAUGCUAGCCCAUCUGUGAACGUCGCCCUUCAAGCUUCAUUCGAUGCAUCACCAUACCUUGUGGAGCUACUUGAGUCCGCCGCAGAAGAGAACUCCACAUCCUAUUUCCCAUUACUCGAUCGUAUCGCCGACGGAACCUUUGAAGAUACCACUACUGAGAAGGAGCUGUACGACCGCUUCUUGCAGGUUGUCCAUGAAGAUGGUCACUUGCGCACCGCCGAGGCCCUCUCCUCUUUCAAACUGUCGCUUGCGGUCCGAUCAUCUGCGCCGAGGAUCCAGGCGCAUUACCAAUACUAUAACACUUCUGUUCAGCACUCGUUGAUGGUGGCACAGGACGCAGUAUGUCCGGUUUGGGUUCACUCCGAUGGCAAGCAGUAUUGUUCUUCGGCCAUGGAGCGUGCACAACAGGAUGUCCAGGGUAACUUAGAUCCUAGAGAGCUUCCGUUCGAUCGAGUCUUUGGCGAUGCAUCACUACCCCCUGCAGUACUUUACGCCGACAUUUCCGCCCCCAUGUUCAAGGAAUUCCACGAAACAUUGACCGAUAUGGCGAAAGAAGGGCAAAUCUCAUACCGCGUGCGUUACCGGCCGCCUCAGCAUUCGAUCUCUCGUCCUUUGUUUGUACCAGGAUACGGUGUGGAGCUGGCUUUGAAACGAACAGAUUAUAUUGUCAUCGAUGAUCGAGAUGCCGAACAGCGAGGAGACAGCGAGAACAAGCUGGCAGACUCUUUGGAAGAAUUGAAGGAAGAAUCCCCAGAUGACUUGCGGCCUCUCUCCGCUUCGGAAGUUUCGAGAUUGGGCUGGAACACCGCGGCCUAUGUUAUGGGCAGCGAGAGCCCGCUUGAUACACUGAUCAAGCUUUCUCAAAACUUCCCAAAGUACUCAUCUGUAGUGGCUGCUCACAACGCUACUGUGCCGCUGAAGAAAGAAGUGCGUGCCAACCGGGCACGCAUGAUUCCCUCGGGUGGUAAUCUUAUGUGGAUCAACGGUGUCCAGAUUGACCAGCGCCAAAUUGAUGCUUUCUCUCUACUCGACCACCUUCGUGGGGAGCGCCAGUUGAUCGAGAAAUUCCGGGGCUUGGGCUUGUCUGCUCAGGAUGCUGUCAAGCUUCUGUCACACCCUCAGCUGGCAGAGUCGCACGCAGAUGAUGAUUCGCAGAGAUACGAUUACCGUGAUGAAUUGGAGGGUGGCGAGGUAAUUAUCUGGUUGAACAAUCUUGAGAAGGACUCUAGGUACCAGGAAUGGCCUGGUGGCCUGGAGGCAUACGUCCAAAAUGCCUACCCGGGCCAGUUGCCGCCGGUGGCCCGCGACUUGCAUAAUGUUAUCGUUCCUGUCGAUUUGUCGAAAUCAGAGGAUAUACUGUUGAUUCUCCAGCAGCUUCUUACAUUCAUCAAGCGCGGGAUUCCUGUGAGGUUUGGUUUGGUGCCUACCGCGGAGUCCCCAGAGUCUAUCGCGCAGCUUAAGGUGGCGCACUAUCUUCAGGACGUCUUUGGACUUUCGGCAUUUAUUCAAUAUUUGGAAGAGUCUGCUUCAAAAUCGAAGACAGGGAAUCCGGAUAAAUCUGUCUUCGCUUCUGUGAUCAAGGAGCGGCAGCCACGCGCAGAUAAGGAAGCCAUGUCGCUAGAGGAAGUGCAAAAAAAUGGACAUUAUAGCGCCAUCGCAGACCGUGCAUGCCAGUACCAGAGCCGCCUGAGCCUUGUUCUCGAUGACCCUCAUUUCCUGGUCAACGGAGUUCCGAUCUCCCGUGAGGGCAACUGGAUGCAGGAGAUGAGUAUGCAGAUCGGCAGAGAUUUGAAAUUGGUUCAGCAGGGCAUUGUUGAGGGAGUCUUCGAAGAGACCGCUUGGCUACCUGAGUUUUUCUUGGCGACGGCAUUUGAGAGACGUAACACUUUCUUGAUGCCCGAAGACCCCAAGAGUGUACAGGUUGUGGAUCUUGCUAGUGUUUUCGGAUCUGAUUCGGAAGCCUUGGCUGAUGUUCCUCGUAUCGCAUCUAACAAGGAUGUACUUGAGACUGUGCACAUUAUUGUUAUGGCGAACUUUGAGUCGGCGCAGGGAUUGAAGUUGUUGGCUGAUGUCCUGAGCUUCCGGAAAGAGCAUGAUGAAGUAGACAUUCUUCUUCUACACAGUGGUUCCGUCGAUGCUGAAGGAGUAUCCAACUUCGACAAAAUCCAAAAGUCACUUACUGAAGGUGAGAGUGUUGAGCAGCUUCUGGCUACGAUUAGCUCACUGGAUGAUUUGUCCAUGGAUCCAGACCUGGACAACAAGGCCCCCUUCGCCAUGCACCGGAGUCUCAUUGAGAAGCUUGGCUUCAAGCUGAAAGGAUCGGGUCUUAUCGUCAAUGGAAGAGUAGUGCUCCUCGGAGAUUCCACUAUUGGUGCGGACGACCUGGCUCAGCUGGUCGCAUAUGAGCACAGCAAGCGCAUCGAUCCCGUUGCAAAGGCUGCAAAGAACCUUAAAUUAGAUGCCAAGGUCUCUACACCACUUGACUUUGCCAAGCUCACUUCAUUGGUCUCCCUGUCGACGACCUCGGAUAUUCCCGAGGGAAUGUUUGAAAACACACCCGAUUACAGACUGGAUGUGUCUGAUGGCUGGAGGACAGAUCACUCUGUGAUCACUGUCUCCAACUCCGAGGACCCCUCAAUCAAUGUUGCUGUUGUUCUCGACCCUGCAUCCGAAAUGGCUCAGAGGUGGCUACCUAUACUCAAAGUUUUGUCUGAAUUGGCCGGCGUCCAGCUUAAGAUUUUCCUCAACCCGAAAGAGGAGAUCAAGGAAUUACCUGUCAAGCGAUUCUACCGCUACGUUCUCGAGUCAGAGCCCAAAUUUACUAGCGAUGGAGCUCUGUCCCGCCCCCAGGCUUCAUUUUCCGGGCUUCCUGUUGAGGCCUUGCUCACCCUGGGCAUGGAUGUGCCUAGUUCAUGGCUUGUCGCGCCUCAGGAUUCCAUCCAUGACUUGGAUAACAUCAAGCUGAGCUCGCUCAAGAGUGACACCAAUGUCGAUGCUAUUUAUGCUUUGGAGCAUAUCCUCAUUGAGGGCCACUCGCGUGAUCUUACUACCAAGACUCCACCUCGCGGCGUUCAGCUCAUCCUGGGCACUGAGGAAAACCCUCACUUUGCAGACACCCUCAUCAUGGCCAAUCUAGGCUACUUCCAAUUUAAGGCACAACCAGGUCUUUGGCAAAUCAACCUCAAGCCCGGUCGCAGCGAGAAAAUCUUCGAACUCGAAAGCGUCGGUGGCUCCGAAGAUUUCAGCAACGAAGUCACCCUACUAUCAUUCCAGGGCCGCACUCUCUUCCCCCGCCUCUCCCGUAAUCCAGGCUACGAGACUGAAGACGUCCUAGAAACAGGUCAGCAAUCCGGCUCCGCCAUGGGUCUCGUAUCAAAGGGAUUCAGUUUCGCCCAGGGCGUCCUUUCCAGCGUUGGUGUCGGCUCAAAGUCCUCAGAACAACAUGCCGACAUCAAUAUUUUCUCCGUGGCAAGUGGCCACCUCUACGAGCGGAUGCUCAAUAUUAUGAUGGUCUCCGUUAUGCGUCACACAAAGCACACAGUCAAGUUCUGGUUUAUCGAGCAAUUCCUGUCCCCCUCCUUCCGCGACUUCCUCCCUCACCUCGCCGCUGAAUACGGCUUCUCCUACGAAAUGGUCACCUACAAAUGGCCGCACUGGCUCCGCGCCCAAACAGAAAAACAGCGCGAAAUCUGGGGUUACAAAAUCCUUUUCCUGGAUGUCCUUUUCCCACUUUCUCUGGAUAAAGUCAUCUUUGUAGAUGCGGACCAGAUCGUCCGAACAGACAUGUACGAGCUCGUUACCCACGACCUACAAGGUGCGCCCUAUGGCUUCACGCCUAUGGGCGACUCCCGGACCGAAAUGGAGGGCUUCCGCUUCUGGAAACAGGGUUACUGGAGUAAUUUCCUCCGUGGAAGACCGUAUCACAUCUCGGCUUUGUACGUCGUUGAUCUCAACCGGUUCAGGGAAUUGGCUGCUGGUGAUCGAUUGAGAGGACAAUACCAGAUGCUUUCGGCUGAUCCGAAUAGUCUGAGCAACCUUGACCAGGACCUUCCUAAUCAUAUGCAGCAUCAUAUUCCUAUUCACAGCUUGCCGCAGGAGUGGUUAUGGUGUGAGACUUGGUGUGCUGAUGAGGAUUUGGAAUCAGCUAGGACUAUUGAUCUAUGCAAUAAUCCGUUGACUAAGGAACCGAAGUUGGACCGUGCUAGAAGGCAGGUUCCUGAAUGGACGGUUUAUGAUGAUGAAAUUGCUUUGUUGGCGAAGAAGGUUGCUGCUGAAAAGCAGAUUGAUUCCGUGCAGGGCGAGAGUGUUGAGAUGGAGGAUGAAGAGGAAGAUGACGAAGAGGGUAAAGAUGAGCUAUAG